AUGGCUUCUGCGCAGACUUGCUUAGCACAACUACCUCCUCCCAUGACGAACAAACGUCCCCUCACCCCUCCCUCUUCCUCUUCUUCACUUGAUACCCCUACCCCGAAAGCUGCUCGAACAUCGCUCCCUCCAACGAAGAACCCACCACUCUUUUGUACUCUACCACCAACGUGCCACCCGCCAUCCAACCGCCCAACACCUCUGAAGGACGCCAAGGAGCUAGAGGCACAUUAUGCAAAGUAUCACGCCCAUGUAUGCGAGGUAUUUGGGUGCAUGUCUGUAUUUCCGGAUGCUAGGACGCUAGACCUGCAUUUCACCGAAUGUCACGAUUCACUUGCAGCAGUGCGCAAAGAGCGGGGCGAGAAAAUAUUCGCAUGCUUCCAAAUUACCUGCGCGCGAAAAUUCUCGACCCCCAAAACACGGCGUCUGCAUUUAAUUCAAGCGCAUGGAUACCCCAAACAAUACUUUUUUGCGAUCACGAAUAAAGGCGUAGGUGGCCUCUUGAAACGCUGGGGCGAGGGUGCGAGCUUAGUGAGAGGAGACUGGAAUGCUAGAGAAGGAAAUAAGAGUGGCGAUGCGGACAGCGAUGACAGCAUUGAAGAUGAAGAUGACGAAGAUGAGGGCGACGAGAUGGCGCAGGACAAGUUGACAGAGAACGGUCUCGCGGGCUCGCUGGGAUCGGUGUCAAGAUCAGGGAAGGUUCAAAAGGAUGAGAAAACUUUAGCAAGCAGCUCCAUCGCGAAUGGCUCGGUGCGCGGCAAUGAGAAAGGAAAGGAGAAAAUACAGGGAAACGCAAUGGAUGCGGAUCUAGAUGGCCUGGAGGGCUCGAUGAGCUCUCUUUCCCUCGUCCCAUCAUCUAUCCGUUUUGGGCGCGGCGGCAAGAGUGCGGUGCUGGGGAGAGGUCGCGGGCGGGGUGCACCCGCCGCAGGAUCUCGGAGGAAUAUCAUAGAGGAGUCGAAUCAUGGCGCCGAUGCCAAUGGCGAAACGCGUUCAGACGAAACCCAGACGGAAGAGAAACAAAGCUCUCAGCAGACGGAACCUCCGAGGGACCCAAAGUCUAAUGAGCAGCGUCCUCCACGUGGAAAGGGAGGUCGUGGAGGGGCACCGCGGAGUGCAAGGCGUGGCGGUUUCGGACACCCUUCGCCAAGAGGCGGGUGGAUGGGUGCAAGGGCCUUCAUGGCCCCUGGCUACGGAAGAGGUAGAGGAGCUGGUCGAGGCAGAGGAGCCGGCGAUUAAAGCGAAGCAUAUGGCUUGCCAGCAUUUAUUAUCAGUGCAGGUCGUUCGCGAUUCAUUAACGAGGAGAAUGGGCGUAAAGGAUUUGUUCCGACGACGGGAGGAUCUGUAUUGGCGAUGCGAAUAUAUAGCAGCAUCUGAG